UCGAGAACGGUGGGGGAGCACUGCCGCGGAGCAUUUUCGCUCACUCAAGAUCGCUCCUUGUGGCACCAUCGGCCGCCGGCCCGCCCGCAGGGCCAAGCUCCCACCUUGCGGCAUCCAGCCAGACUGCAGGGCCAACUGUCCGCGCCGGCCAGCCUGCAGGGCCAAGCGCCGCCCAAGCUAAGGACGUCAGUGACUAGAUGCAUCAGCGACGUCGCCGAUGCAUCGGCGCCGUCGGCGCGGAGAAAAUCGGGCGCCACAUCGAGCCGCAUCGCCGAGGCAUCGGCGAGGCGGCGCGAUCCUCCGACCCCAUCUGCUCGGACCACAUCUAGGAGCCCUAGAAUACGUAGCCGAUGCGGCCCUGCCCCUGGCCUCCAGCCAGACCUGCAACCGCGCGCGGGCUCGGGGGCAGCUGGGCGCGCCCACUCCGGUGGCAACUCACAGCAGCCUCCUGCAUACCAUCUAGCUGGCUCCCGCGGAUCGGUGCUGAUCGACGCUCGUCGACGCUAGAACGACGCUGACCGACGCUCAUCGGCACCAAAUCGGCACUACCCCAAGCGCUCAUCGACGCCAGUCGACGCUAAAGGCGGAAAUGAGAAGGCUCCAAAGAUUUGCUAUCGAAGCCCACUGGCCUGGCCUCCAGCCAGGCCGCCGCGCGCGGACUCGGCCGCACCUCCUCGACGCCGUCAUGCCUCUAGCCGGGGAGGGGGGGGUGGAAGACCCCCCUCGCAGGCCAGGGAGCGGCCACGCCUGGGGCCUCGGCGGAAGCGCGGGCGCACGGCCGCAAGCGACGGCGCCGAAGACGGAGCCUCCAGAGGAGCGCGGGCGGGCGCGGGAAGCGAGGCGGGGAGGGGAGAAGGAGGAAGAGGAAGGAAGGAGGGAAGGGGAGGAGGGGCCCAGGCCUCUGGGGCAUAGCAAAGAGAACGGCCAGCAGCCUGCGUACAGAGGAGGCCAAGCAGAAAAGUGCCCGCUGGCAUCGCCAGUCGGUCUCGCGGCGCCGGCUCCCAGCAGUCUGUGCUGCGCUGCAGCGGAGGUAGGGGAACGAAAUAUGGAUCGAAAAGAGAGCGAGAGAGAGAGAGAGGGACGCCGACUGCGGCCGCGUCCGCGCGGGGCGGGCACGGGCAGGCUCAGAAGCAAAUGGGGAAGGGCGCGCCGAACGCGACCGGGAUGAGCGGGAGGCGGAGAGGGACGGCGGCCCGCAGCGCGAAGCGCGAGGCCCCCUGCCAUCCCCCGCUGCCACCGCCACCCGCCAGAUCCAGCGGCUCCCCCUGCC